CGCGCCGCCGGCCCACGCCGCAGUGUGUCUUGUGGACGGCUCCUUCGCAGACAGCCCGGUAGAGCCCUCUCGGCGCCUCGGACGCGAUGUUCCGCCGGAGCUUUAACCGUUUUUGUGCUGGAGAAGAGAAACGAGUUGGCACACGUACAGUAUUUGUUGGCAAUCACCCAGUGUCAGAAACAGAAGCCUACAUUGCACAAAGAUUUUGUGAUAAUAGAAUAGUCUCAUCAAAGUAUACACUUUGGAAUUUCCUCCCAAAGAAUCUGUUUGAACAGUUUAGAAGAAUUGCAAAUUUUUAUUUUCUCAUCAUUUUCCUUGUACAGGUCACAGUGGACACACCAACGAGUCCAGUUACCAGUGGACUUCCACUUUUCUUUGUUAUAACUGUCACAGCCAUCAAGCAGGGGUAUGAGGAUUGGCUAAGACACAGAGCUGAUAAUGAAGUUAACAAGAGCACUGUUUACAUUAUUGAAAAUGCAGAGCGAGUGAGAAAAGAAAGUGAAAAAAUCAAGGUUGGUGAUGUAGUGGAAGUACAUGCAGAUGAAACCUUUCCCUGUGAUCUUAUUCUUCUGUCAUCCUGCACUGAGGAUGGAACCUGCUAUGUCACUACAGCCAGUCUUGAUGGAGAAUCCAAUUGCAAGACACACUACGCAGUACGCGAUACCAUUACACUGUGUUCAGCCGAAUCCAUCGAUAGCCUCCGAGCUGCAAUUGAAUGUGAACAGCCGCAACCUGACCUCUACAAGUUUGUUGGGCGAAUUAAUAUCUACAGUAAUAAUCUUGAGCCUGUUGCCAGGUCUUUGGGACCUGAAAAUCUGUUGCUGAAAGGAGCUACUCUAAAAAAUACCAAGACGAUAUAUGGAGUUGCUGUUUACACUGGGAUGGAAACCAAAAUGGCUUUGAACUACCAAGGGAAAUCUCAGAAACGUUCUGCUGUUGAAAAAUCCAUUAAUGCCUUCCUGAUUGUGUAUUUAUUUAUCUUACUGACCAAAGCGGCAGUGUGCACAACUCUAAAAUAUGUUUGGCAAAGCACCCCAUAUAAUGAUGAACCUUGGUAUAACCAAAAGACUGAGAAAGAGCGAAAUACUUUUAAGGUUUUGAAAAUGUUCACUGAUUUCCUGUCAUUUAUGGUUCUGUUCAACUUUAUCAUUCCUGUCUCAAUGUACGUCACAGUAGAAAUGCAGAAAUUCUUGGGCUCCUUCUUCAUUUCCUGGGAUAAAGACUUUUAUGAUGAAGAAAUUAAUGAAGGAGCCCUGGUUAACACAUCAGACCUAAAUGAAGAACUUGGUCAGGUGGAUUAUGUAUUUACAGAUAAGACUGGAACACUCACUGAAAAUAGUAUGGAAUUCAUUGAAUGCUGCAUUGAUGGGCACAAAUACAAAGGUGUAGUUCAGGAGGCUGAUGGACUCUCUCAGACUGAUGGACCCUUAACAUAUUUUGACAAAGCAGAUAAGAAUAGAGAAGAGCUCUUUCUGCGCGCCUUGUGUUUAUGUCAUACUGUGGAAACAAAAGCAAAUGAUGCCGUUGAUGGAUCUACAGAGUCAACUGAAUUAACCUAUGUCUCCUCCUCACCAGAUGAAAUAGCUUUAGUAAAAGGCGCUAAAAAGUAUGGGUUCACAUUUGUAGGAAUUCAGAAUGGCCAUAUGAGAGUGGAGAACCAAAAAAAACAAAUAGAAGAAUAUGAACUUCUUCACACAUUAAACUUCGAUUCUGUCCGUCGCCGUAUGAGUGUAAUUGUAAAGAAUCAAGAAGGAGACAUACUUCUCUUUUGCAAAGGCGCAGACUCAGCAGUUUUCCCCAGGGUGCAAAAUCAUGAAAUUGAGUUAACCAAAGCCCAUGUGGAACGCAAUGCAAUGGAUGGAUUUCGGACACUUUGUGUAGCCUUCAAACAAAUUGCUCCGGAUGAUUAUGAAAGAAUUAACAGACAGCUCAUAGAGGCAAAGAUGGCCUUACAAGACAGAGAAGAAAAAAUGGAAAAGGUUUUUGAUGAUAUUGAGACAAACAUGAAUUUAAUUGGCGCCACUGCAGUGGAAGACAAACUACAAGAUCAAGCAGCUGAGACCAUCGAAGCUCUGCAUGCUGCAGGUCUGAAAGUCUGGGUGCUCACUGGGGACAAGAUGGAGACAGCCAAAUCCACCUGCUAUGCCUGCCGUCUUUUCCAAACCAGCACCGAACUCUUGGAACUCACCACAAAAACCAUUGAAGAAAGUGAAAGGAAAGAAGAUCGAUUACAUGAAUUAUUGAUAGAAUAUCGUAAGAAGCUGCUGCAUGAAUUUCCUAAAAGUACUAGAAGCCUUAAAAAAGCAUGGACAGAACACCAGGAAUACGGAUUAAUCAUUGAUGGCUCCACAUUGUCACUCAUAUUAAAUUCUAGUCAAGACUCCAGUUCCAACAAUUACAAAAGCAUUUUUCUACAGAUUUGUAUGAAGUGUACUGCAGUGCUCUGCUGUCGGAUGGCACCACUACAGAAAGCCCAGAUUGUCAGGAUGGUGAAGAAUUUGAAAGGCAGCCCAAUAACACUGUCGAUAGGUGAUGGUGCCAAUGAUGUUAGUAUGAUCUUGGAGUCCCAUGUGGGAAUAGGUAUUAAAGGCAAAGAAGGUCGCCAAGCAGCUAGGAAUAGUGAUUAUUCUGUUCCAAAGUUUAAGCAUUUGAAGAAACUGCUUUUGGCUCAUGGACAUCUCUAUUAUGUGAGAAUAGCACACCUUGUCCAGUAUUUCUUCUAUAAGAACCUUUGUUUCAUUUUACCACAGUUUUUGUACCAGUUCUUCUGUGGAUUCUCUCAACAGCCAUUGUAUGAUGCCGCUUACCUUACAAUGUACAAUAUCUGCUUCACAUCCUUACCCAUCCUGGCCUACAGUCUACUGGAACAGCACAUCAACAUUGACACUCUGACCUCAGAUCCCAGAUUAUAUAUGAAAAUUUCUGGCAACGCCAUGCUGCAGUUAGGCCCCUUCUUAUACUGGACAUUUCUGGCUGCAUUUGAAGGGACAGUGUUCUUCUUUGGGACUUACUAUCUCUUUCAGACUUCAUCCCUAGAAGAAAAUGCAAAGGUCUAUGGAAACUGGACUUUUGGAACCAUUGUCUUUACAGUCUUAGUAUUCACUGUAACUCUGAAGCUCGCCUUGGAUACUCGUUUCUGGACAUGGAUAAAUCACUUUGUGAUUUGGGGUUCUUUAGCCUUUUAUGUAUUUUUCUCAUUCUUCUGGGGAGGAAUUAUAUGGCCUUUUCUUAAACAACAGAGAAUGUAUUUCGUAUUUGCUCAGAUGCUGUCUUCUGUAUCAACAUGGUUGGCAAUAGUUCUUCUAAUAUUUAUCAGCCUUUUCCCUGAGAUUCUCCUGAUUGUAUUAAAGAAUGUAAGAAGAAGAAGUGCCAGGAGAAAUCUGAGCUGUAAAAGGGCAUCUGACUCAUUAUCCGCCAGACCUUCAGUCAGACCUCUUCUUUUACGAACAUUCUCAGACGAAUCUAAUAUAUUGUAACAGAAUCCGAAUCUUGAACUGCCUAUGUUAUUGUCCUACAAGCAUAUUGACAGUGGUUACAGCUAAAACAGAAAGCAUGAAGAAGCAACAAGAAGUUUUCAUCUCAGGAUUCUCGAUAUGCAACAAACUAAACCACUCUCUAUAUCUAGGAUUCAGAAUAAAUGUCCAUUAAAAUACCAAAUGACUCUCUUAAGCAUUUACAGUUAUUGUAAGUAGCCAUUAUGGCCAAAGCUCUAAAUUAUGAAAUACAUGAAAGUUUGAAAGCAAGAAUAUCUAGAAUUUCUGACUUUAGAUAGAAUAGUAACUACCCAGUGGGUGCUCUUUUGACCCAUGAACUCUGAGUGGAUUUAAAUACAAUAUAAAGUAGAAGUCAUGCCAUGGGAAUGAAUACAUUUUGCUAAUAGUACUUUUUUUGCCUGGCAGAAGAAAUAGGCUGUUUGGAUCACAUUUCUUGUUCCUGCUGAGUGGUAAAUUAUUUUUAUUUCCAAACAUCUGAAAGAAAUACUUGAAAAUACAAGAAGACUAAAUCAUAUCAAUGCAUCAGAUAGGAUAGUUAAUCCUUUCUGUUCACCUACAUGUUGUCUUGCUAAAAUAAUCUUGAACACUUAAUGGGUAUUUUUCUAAGAAACAAAAAAUAUAUUCCUUUUACUUUGGUUCUCCUGAGUUAAACCUCACUUACUGGAUGUAUGGCUGCAAGAUUUGAAAAUAAAACAUUUCUACUCACUUGAUAGCCUGUCAGAAUAAUGUCACCGAAUUGCCCAAUGUAAGUUCUACUCUCAUUUGAGAUAGAAGGGGCAAAGCCAUAGUGACACAAAAAUAAAGGCCGUCCUAAACAUCAGUCUUUUUUACCUGUUUGUGGGGAGGAAAGAAGAGUGGCUUAUUUCCAUCAGUUAGUGGCUUUUAUUUGAAGCGGUUGCAUUCCUGCACAUACACAGCACCUUUUUUGUGAUGGUGAAGGGGAGGGAUCCAUCACAGGACCAUAGUAGGCCUACAGAUCCAUGACUCUGAACAUGAAUGUUGACUCACUCAGCAAACUCCGCUAGGGCCAUGGUCUAAACUCAAGACCAUGACAGUCACCUUUGAAAAGUCCUCAGCUUACCACACUUGCAGGAGCUUUUAACCUCCUAAGAAAUUCACUUUAAAAAAAUGUGAAAUGUCUUUAUUAAAUGUUAAAAUCAAAUACUUUUUUGGAUAUAAGUGACUACAUUUGACUAUUAGAUUGAAAUGGUCUCUUAAAAAAGUGUUUUCAUGUCAGUUUUUGUUUUUGACAGUCUUUCUGGCAUGCCUAUAUUAUUAUUCGUGUUACUAUUGUACCUUUAUUUGGAAAAGUAUUGAUUCAGUCUAUACCAAUAUAUUUCAUGUCCAUCUGGCACAUUUGAUUUUUCCUUACCUUUUUUUGUGUUAAUGUCUAGAUGUGGCUUUUCUUGAAUUCUAGAGAAGACCAUUUCAGUUACUGGAAACCAUUCCAUCGUUACUGGUCCUUUUUUUAUUAUUUCAUUUGUUGUCAUCUAUCAGUGUCGUUUUGAAUAUUUUGUUAGAUGUCAUCCACAGCUUACAUAAGUGUGCUAUGUUCUAGUAGCCUGUAUUUGAGGUAGUCUGCUGAAAUGUCUUUAUAUUCUUUGCCUAUUCCAAAGAGCUAACAAAUCAGACCCAGGAAAGCUUUUGAUGUUUUGCUGUUCUUGUUCUUGUCUUUAUAGUUGUUGCUGUAUCGUUACUGUUUUAUGUAAGAACUAUAGGAACUGUGAACACAAACUGGAUAGGCCUGUUUAAUGCAGAACCACUGGAGAUGGGACAUAAUCAGAGUACCCAGGAGUAGAAACAUAAUAACUGGUGGCAGAUAAAAUUCCUUAUGGCUAGGAAGUAAGUAAAGGGGAUUAGAGUCUUGUCUCAGCCCCACAUUGAGCUGCAGCUCGAUCUCCCAAUGGAGAUGAUAUGCAGUAUCGUGGUCUAGAUCCCUGAGAAAGAUCCAACUUUUCUUUUCUGAAAAAUAUCUUCUUAAUGAGCUAAACAUUGCUAAGCAUCGAGUUAGCAGAUGGAAUAACUUGAGGUAAGCUGUCCAGUAAUCUGUCAUUACAGUUUAACCACCUUAUUUUGUCAAAUGAAAAGGGGGAAAAUGUAAUAGUAGGAUCAUAUACCCAUCAUUUAAAUAAUUUUGAACUACCAAAACGUCUUGACAAUUUUCGUAACUGAUGUCCAUUGUUUGAGGAUGUUGCCUACUAACCUGAAAACAUAAAUUCCUUCCCUACCACGUAGACACCAGCAACAGUAUAAUUGUAAGCCUAAAUUUGCAAAGUUCAUAAUACUUUAGUGAUGGAAUUUUUUAAUAACACGCAGUAUAUAAUAUGCAGAUUUUAUGCAAGUGUUGACAAAAUCAUUUUUCAGCUUGCAAAACAGGACUGCAAUAUUACAUUUUUCACUUAAGCCAUUUUUUACAUCUAUGUUGUUGCUUUCUAUAAUGAAUGUGAAUGCCAUCUUUUAUGAAUGCAACUUGCCUUUUUCAUUACAGAAAUUUUUGUUUCAUGUAAUC